UCAUAGUGCACUCGCUGCUCGCAGCCAACCAUUCCCAUUACCGAUCUCUAGAUUGCAUUCCCCCACCCUGCUGCCUGUUCCGCGGCGGGCCCGGCUCACCACGUGGCAAACCCGAUUUCUGCGCACAUCUGCGGCAAAAGUAAUCGACCGUCAAAUACUGAAGAGUUGGAGAUUCCCUGAUUCCGGGCCAGUCAACACUCAACAGUCAAACUGCAGUAUUCCUGUGUCAGUCUCUCACUUCCCUUGAUUGAAUGGUACUACUGUACUAGUAUAGGUACCUUACUUUAUAAGUAGGUACAUCCGGGGGGACCUCCACUGCAGGUCUCCCUGGCAGUACUCAGUCAUCACUUUGUCUUAACUACGACCGCCAUGAACGUCAGCAAUAACACAGGAGCGACACCAUGUCUUCAUUGUUUAAACACACUGCCAACUACCUCCGGUUGGUUCUGCCGAAGCAAACAACGCCGCAGACGAUACCCGGGCAAGGGGCCGCAAGGACGGUCCCGGAGACGAGUCGGAACAUCGACCCCCAGCGAGCCAGCGCCCUCCUGGUUUCACUCCCUGUAGAGAUGCUCAAUCUCAUCGUCUCAUACUUAACUCUCGAGUCCGAAGUGGCAUUUGCUCUCACCUGCCGGCUGCUCUACCGUUUAUACAUGCCACCAAAGCCACGCCUUAGGUGUCUCGAGGACGAGCAAAAAAGAGACCUACUCCUUUGGCUCGAAAGGGACACCCCCCAGCUCUGCUUCUGCCACGCCUGCAUGAAACUGCACACAUGGAGUCGAGUACCCAGAGUUGUGGACCAAGACAUCUACUAUCCUCAACUUUGCCCCAAGCAAAUUGACGAUCCGCUUCUCUCGAUGCCUCAUCCAUUGUACGGGAUUAGAUACGGGCAGGCACGCCUUAUCAUGAGGCGCCACCUUUACGGAGAUUCCUAUGGCCUGGAACUGGAAACACUGAAUCGGGACCGGCUGGUUGAGGCGCGCAUCAGCUACCCGCCAACGGGCGUCGGUGUAAUGGUCAAGCAGUCGUGGCGAGCACGAAUCAUCAAUGAUGAGCUAUACGUUAAGGCGACAAUGGAAAUAUACCACCGCAAAGGCUGUGCGCGAACCUUCGGGCAAUGCCUCUACAACCCCACCUUCGAAUUCGAGCAAUCACGGGUAUGCCAUCACGUCUGGGCCUGUCACGACCCGUAUUGGAGAGUAUCGACCGGUGGCUAUUCAGUUCAAGAAGUGCAUCGAGAUGAUUGCUUGCCCGACAUGAUUUUCACCAGGUCCCAGGGGCCGCUCAAGUCCUGUCCUCAUUGCUUUACCGAUUUCCGAAUCAGCACAAAGUAUAUUCGCCAUUCCUGAAUGCAAAUCAACAAAAAGACGGCCCAGUCGGCUGGGUUAUGACCAUUUCCAAGUGGCACCGACUGGGCAAAUGCAGUUGCCCAGAGGAUCGAGAAUGGGCCAGCUCCGUCAGCUUCAUGCCGCACCAACUCGGACAUGUCCGGACUCAAGAUCCAUCGUGCUCGGCGGGCGAAGUGUACCGCGCAUGGGAGGGUGCCGAGCUAAACAGGGAUGGCGCAGCGGGUGUAGUCUUGGAGAGCGAGGACUGCGGAGACAAGGAGGCCAGCUUCGUCAA